CCGGCCGGCCGGGCGGUGCAAGGGGCUGCUACAGCCACUCUCUACUCAGCCGCCGCUUCUGCAACAACAAGCCACCAGCAGCAGCAGCAGUCUGCAGGUUCCACAACCCCGCAUCCCAUUGCAAUGGCUUCCGGACUGUUGAUCAGUGAUGAUGAAAAGGGUUACGAUCCAGAGCUGUUUUGUAUCCCGAAGCACUAUGAAGAAGACCUGGAAAGAGUUUUCAUUCCUCACGGGCUUAUUAUGGAUCGGACAGAGCGCUUGGCCAGAGAUAUAAUGAAGGACAUGGGAGGCGACCACAUUGUGGUCCUCUGCGUACUGAAGGGGGGCUACAAGUUCUUUGCGGAUCUUUUGGACUACAUCAAGGCUCUGAACAGGAACCAUGAAGAGUCACUCCCGAUGACCAUUGAUUUCAUCAGGUUGAAGAGUUACUGUAAUGAUCAAACUGUAGAAGAAGUGAAAGUUAUUGGUGGAGAUGACCUGUCUACAUUGGCUGGAAAGAACAUCUUGAUCGUUGAAGACAUUGUAGAAACUGGGAGAACGAUGAAGAAGCUUCUUAAACUUCUGGAGGGCCACAAGCCCCAAAUGGUCAAAGUGGCAAGCUUAUUGUUGAAACGGACACCUCGGAGCUCAGGAUACAGACCUGACUUUGUAGGAUUUGAAAUUCCAGAUAGGUUUGUGGUGGGAUAUGCCCUUGAUUACAAUGAACAUUUCCGGGAUUUGAACCACAUUUGUGUGAUCAGUGAUAAAGGCCGACAGAAGUACAAAGUCUGAAGAAAGGAUGGAUUUCCUCGCAAUAACGGGAAGAUUCUGGUGGAGAAUCGAUCACUGUAGAAUCCUCAAUGUCCUCACCCUCCCAAUCAAUUUAUUUAUCGGCAAUGAAUGUGGGCAAAAUGUUCCAUCUGAAGAUGUACAUAGCUGCAAAUAAUUCAGAUUAUUUCACUAUUUUUGUAUUGUGUCUGAGGGAAAUGGCUUAAAGUUUUAUAUUUCAAACAUCCUGUAAAAAAAACUUUUCUUUGGCCCUUCUGGAAGUGGUGAGAAAGAGCAAGAAAUAUUUUUGUAUUUAAAAUGUUGCCUGUGCGUGGGGAACGAUGGGCCGAGGUUACUGGAGGCAAGUGGCGGUGGAUGUUGCUGCCUUACAGCAUCAGGACCCGGGUUCAAUCCUGACUACGGGCGCUGUCUGUAUGGGGUUUAUAUUUUCUCCCUGUGACCACAUGGGUUUUCCCCAGGUGCU